AUGCCGCGCAAGCGACAGAAGCGGGGGUGGGAGGGCGGAGACGGAGGCCGCGACGGCGACGAUGACAGAGAGGAAGGCAGCGUACCGGGCAGCGAAGGAGGCUCACCGCCGCAGCCGGCCGCUUCCUCCUCCGCGCAGGCGCUGAAGCGGCUGUACCGCUUGCCGUCCGACCUUGGGAUUAGGGGCUGUAGUUGCAGUUGCAGCCAUCACCAGGGACAGGGGCUCCCCACUGGCUGUGCCUGUGUGCAAGCGGUCAAGACAAGAAUCAACGCUGCUAUUAGCCGGUUUAUGGAAGAGGUGGCACAAGUACUUACAAGCCCCUGGAACCUUUCUCCUAAUCCACAAGAGAGAAUUGAACAGAACCUGCCUCCAACCUACAAACUCACCUUCGUGAAUUCCAUGAGCGACAAAAAUUUUACAAAGAGGGAGGUCCGGGCAGCGGGUGGGGGUCACCUCAUGAUAAAAUUGGCUGUAAGCAAUCAGCAAGGUAGCAACUUUCCCCAGCUUCUGUCGGCCAAUGUCAAGGUUUUGGUUCUGGAUGGUGACUUCAAUGCGGACAAUCGUGAGUGCUGGACAUCCGAGGAGUUUGAACACCGUAUAAUGAUCCCACGGGACAAAAUUGGGGCGGUGCUUACAGGGAAGCUGAAAUUGAAACUGAAAAAUGGUGAGGCCUACCUCGAAAACAUUAUUUUUGUUGAUAACUCCAAGUUCACAAGGAGUGGCAAGUUUAGGCUUGGGGUAAUGCUUAUUGAUAAUCAUGGUGAAAGAGUUCAAGAAGCUAUAACUGAACCUUUCACAGUGAAGGACCGCCGAGGGGAAGGAUACAAAAAAUGUGAUAUUCCAACACUGGAUGAUGAAGUAUGGCGCCUGGACAAGAUUGCAAAAAAGGGUCCCUUCUGUAAGUCAUUGGAGCAGAGAGGCAUUACUUUGGUGAAGCACUUCCUGAGGCUGUAUUAUAUGGACGAGAAAACACUGCGCAAUAUUCUCAGCAGUGCCUCAGAUGCAUUCUGGAAAAAGGUGGUUAAUCAUGCUAAGAAGUGUGAUCCUGGCACAGCCCUUUACUCUCACAUUAUGGAAGACAAGAAAAUUAGGCUGUACUUCACUUGUGUAGGUCAGAUUGUAGGAGCAACAAUAGCUGACCAGUAUCAUGUUUAUGAUGAUCUUGAUACAAUUUGGAAGGACCAAGUGAAAAAGUGGAGUAAGGUUGCAUCUGAAUGUCAAAUUAUUCAUGAAACUGAUGAACAAGAUACUUCAGAGGUGAACCGAGUUUUUGGUGUAUGCUCCCAGCAGUUUCCACUCCAGAGGAUUGGGUCCAGGAGAGUAAGGGCGUUACCUUGUGCACAAGAAAACAAUGAAACUGGUGCAUCUUUUGGCAUUCCCGAGCAGCUGGAUUCUGAUGAUGAAAUACAGCAUGAAACUUCAGACCUAAAUUGUAUUACAGAUUAUCCAGUUUGCUGUACAGAGCAGGGGGGACCUUCUCAGUGCCCAUUUCCUCCCUCUCUAACCGUUCCAGCUGAUUGUCCUGGUUUCUCAUUGCAACAUAGCUUCAGCGAGAGUGACCUCCACGAGAUAAUGAAGAUGUUGGAGCCAGAUGAGCCACACGAAGAACUGCUCAUCAAUAAGAUCUCUCAGUUUUCCACUGCCAAUUUGAGCGACAUGCCAGCUGAUGUUCGCUGCUUCAUGGUGAAGCUGCUCUCCUUCCCCAGGUGGAUAAAAUUGGCUGCUCCUGUGAAGUGGAUGGUUAUAAUGUCUUCAUCUAAGAAAAUAAGGGCUGCAAAGGGCAAGGCUCAUGCUUGA